AUGACAAACCUUCUGGAUAACGAGACGACCACUAAAGACUUUCAGAUUUUGGCGUUCUUUAGCGACCAUGAAAAGCAGCCUCUCCUUUUUCUUGUGUUUCUGUUUAUAUAUUUAAUGGGAUUACUGGGAAAUCUAAUUAUAAUAACGGUAACCUGCGCAGACGUCCACUUACACACCCCGAUGUACUUCUUCUUGUGCAAUCUAUCCUUCGUAGACAUCAGUUACACCACCGUCACUUUGCCAAAACUGAUAGACAUGCUACUUACCGGAGAUAACUCCAUAUCCUUCGUACAGUGCUUCACCCAGAUGUUCUUUUUCACCUUUGUAGGCAGCAUUGAGGUCAUUUUAUUAUCUUCGAUGGCGUAUGAUCGCUACAUCGCUAUAUGUAACCCUUUACAAUACCACCUCAUCAUGAAUAGAAGGAACUUGGUUCUGCUUUUGGUCGGGAUCUGGAUUCCCGGUUGCGUCAAUUCUGCUCUGGUCACGUUUUUUGCCUCCACUUUGCCUUUGUGCUACUCAAAUAAAAUUCAACAGUUUUUCUGCAACGUCAAGGCCCUGGCGCAAAUCUCCUGCCCCGAUACCAGAUUUGAUGCCCUUAUUUACGUAGAAGUUAUUGUUCUUGGACUCUGCCCUCUCUUGCUUAGCAUGAGCUCUUAUAUAAAGAUAAUAAAAAUAGUUUUACGCAUGUCAGCCAGCAGUAGAAGAAAAACCUUCUCAACUUGUACGUCCCACCUGAUGGUCCUUUUCAUGUUCUACGGGACCAUUCUCUUUAUGUACAUGAAGCCCACCUCACAGUAUUCCAGCGAAUUGGACCAAACGUUCUCGGUGAUGUAUGCAGCUGUUGCUCCCAUGCUGAACCCUCUAAUAUAUAGUUUAAGGAACAAAGACGUGAAGAAUGCGCUGAUCCGAUUUACAAAAAAUAAAAAUGAUUCAGUGUGA